AUGACCAUCCCCGAGUUCUCUCUCCGCCUCCAACAAGGCAUCGCCGGUGGCUUUGCCCCGCCCACACCCAGCGCGAUCGUCACGAUCACGGGGAUCCCGGCGCAGAACCUGCUCAACAUCACCAGCGCCGUGCGAGCCGACGGCUCGCCUUCCCUCCAGGACGCGGCCCCCAAGUCGAUCUCUGCCCAGGACGCUGGCACCGCCGCGCUCGUGACCGAGCUCCGCGACAUUCUCCAGUCCCUCCCUAUGGAGUUCCCACCUGGGAGCCAGGACAUUUACGGUCUCGACACCAGCAUCGCCUUCGGCUCCGACGACUUCAUGUGGUGCAAUGGCGGUCCUCAGGGCUGCGGUGGUGGUGUCUCCGACGUUCAGGCCACCGACGAGCAGAAGGCAAAGUUCAAGCGCGCUGUAGAGAUCGUCAAACAGCUUCAGACGAAGGACGCUUAG